UCACGAUACCCGUGGCUUGUUGCUCGGAGCGGUGGCUUGUUGCUCGUCGUUACACGCCGUACGGGGGGGUUCUUUGUCUGUGUAGUGAGUAGUUGCUUGCUGCUAACGGCACUUGCCCUGACAGACUGUGUGGGCUAUUCGGGAGAUCUUUGUCUGUGUUUGUGUACACGUACGAAUCGUACACAGUGCACAGGGCAUGGCUGUCCCGUCGCAGAGCAUGCAACUCUCCAUCUCGUCACCAAUGGCUCCAAAGAGGAACCACCGCUCACGCAGCCUCUCGAGGGUCACCUCCUCGCCGCCUCUGCAGCGCCUCCUCCCCCUCGCCUUCGCAGCGGUCAUCGCCACCCUCCUGCUGGGCUCGUCCGAUGGCCAGGACGUCGGCAGUUCCUCCAGGGCAGGACCUCCGCCGCAGCCUCAGGUCCCUCCAUCAACCGGCCUCCGCCGAACCUUCACCAGCGUGCGCGCCGAGAUCGGCCGAGACCCAUCGUCGUCGUCGUCGUCAUUGGACGUUCGGGAUCAAGCUGGAGGUUCCGCGGGGUCUCCUCCAAAUUCCGCGGGAUCUCCCGCCAACCAGGGUACGGUGCGCGGCCGUACGAGACACCCAUACGGGUUCGGUCAGGUGCCGAGUCAGUGGUGGCAAGCCACCUUUGGUGGUGGCGGCGCUGCUGCUGGCGGUGCUGGUGGUGGCGUUGGUGGCUCCUCGACGUCCAGAAGCCAGGCGGGCCGCUUUCCUCCCCAGUCGCCGGACCAAGGCUUCUCGGGGGGCGACGGAAGCAGCGGCGGCAGCAGCGGCAGACAAGCGGGCGCCGUCUUUCUGAGGCAGCAAGAGGAGGACGCCGCCGCCGCCGCCGUCUUCGGAGGAGGUGGCGGUGGCGGCGGCGGCGGUGGUGGUGGUGGGCUUCGUGGCUUUUUCCCGGCUCGCCGUGGCGGACCGUCGUCACCGUCGUCUUCGUCCUUCUCCUCCCAACAGAGGCGGCCGGGCUUCGGAGUUGACAACGGCGGCUCCUUCGCCCCUCAGGGUGCUGCGACUUUCCCACUGCACGAUCCGGCUGGCGGUGGCUCAUCGUCACUGCCUUCGUCGUCAGCGUUCGCGUCUCCUCAGAGGCCAGCUCCCGCGUUCCAGCCCAUCCCUCGCAGAAGGCCCGAUCAGCGAUCGCAAGCCUCCUCCACCUUCUCCUCCCAGCGGGCGCCCUUUACCGGGCCCUCGACCUUCCUGCCCGACGAGCCCUCAUUCCCCCAAGGAGCGGCAGACGGUGGCGGGGCCGUGAACCCUUUCCUUCCGCGCAACCUCGGCCCACCGCCUCCCGGCAACGUCCAGCCCUUCCCACCGCAACCCUACCCCGGCUACCCGCAGCGCGGUAGCGCCGACCAGCCCCAAUACCAGCCCAGGCCUCCUCAAGGAUUCUCCCAGGGCGUGCCUCCUCCGGCAGGCUACGGUCCACUCCCUGGAUACCAAAACCAGGGUCAGUUCUACCCGCCGCCGCCACCGCCACCGCCGCCGCACGCUCAGCUGCGCUCCUACUACCCCACGGGCCAGGUCCAGCCGAUGUCAGGGCCGUAUCCUCACCUGCCGGUGCCUCAAUUUGGCUACCCUGACCCGAGGCUCUACGACGGCUUCAACCACUACCUCCAGCCGCCGCCGCCGCCACCGCUGCUAGGAGUGUACCCGUUCUAUCCGCGGGGAGGCCUACCCGCCGAAGUUAGCCUCGACAGAUCCUUCGGCCACUUCAGAGACGGUGGUUUGGAGCAAGAUGUUGCCGGUGGUGGCGGUGGAGCCGCUGCCGCCGCCGCCGCGGCCGCCGCGGCCGCUGGCCUCUCUCAGACCUUCCUCGGGGCCUCUCCAGAGGAUGGCCUUGACAGGAGGUACACGGCCAGCAUCUACCAAGGAAGGGGCGAGGAUCAGCAGCAGCAGCCGUCGAAUGAAGGUGCGGCGGUCUUCCCGGCGGCUCGGGAACCGCUCGGGGCAAGGGCGCCGGUGGAACGGAGCCAAGACGUUGUUGGGGCAUCGGCGUCCCUGACUUCGUCACCUUCGGGAUCGUUUGCGCAGCCCGGUGGGUCAUUGAGAAGGCCUCAAGAUGGACCAGCCCUGCCGGACUUGGUGGCAGACCCCGAGUACAUCCAGGCGUCCGUGUUUGUGGAGCAGAAGCCGCUCUACUCUCUGCGCUGCGCCGCCGAAGAGAAGUGUCUCGCCAGCACGGCCUACGCGGCGGACGCGAAGGACGACGACAUCAGGAUCCUCCUGCGGUUCCCGCAGCGCGUCAAGAACGAGGGGCUCGCAGACUUCCUGCCCAACCGGCCCCGCAGCCAGUGGGAGUGGCACACCUGCCACCAGCACUACCACAGCAUGGACGACUUCAGCCGCUACGACCUGUUGGACGCCCUGUCGGGACACAAGGUGGCCGAAGGACACAAGGCCAGCUUCUGUCUGGAGGACACGUCCUGCGACUUCGGCUCGCUCAAGCGUUACACGUGCUCCGCUCACACGCAGGGCCUGAGUCCCGGCUGCUACGACACGUACAACGCGGACAUCGACUGCCAGUGGAUCGACAUCACGGACGUCAUCCCCGGCAGAUACAUCCUGCGGAUACACGUGAACCCCAACUACCUGGUGCGGGAGGUGGACUUCACGAACAACGUCGUGCGCUGCAACGUGCACUACACGGGGCGUGUCGUGUACGCCAACGGGUGCCGCAUCACGCAAAUGUGACGGAGCUUUGGAGCGGCUUAAACGAGACAGAAGCCUGCACAAGUUAUUUCGUUUUGCUAAAGUAACAAAUAAUUAGAAUUGCAAUGACGAGGGUUGUACUGUAUCAUCGAGAAUAUACUAAAACCUUAGCCAUAUCGUUUAAAAACAAAAAAAACAAAACUAACUUCGUCUAGAAAUAUUAGACAACAGUGAGUCCCGGGACUCCUGAGAACCCCAUCUCCUGAGUUUCAAUCAAGAACAGAUUCCAAGACCCGGUCUCAAUGAUCCCAAUACCUGAUCUACACGCGUCUAAAUGUUAUACCCCUGAUUGUGGCCUGAUCAAUCCGAGUCUCAAUCAAAACCAUGAUCUUUAAAUCCGGUCUUCCCCGAGUCUCGAAUCAAAACUCGAUCACCCCCCCCCCCUCUCUAAGCUACGAGGGGUCACGUGCCCUCGUGGCAGUGUGACCCGCAACCUAAAGUCGCUGUUCUUCACUCAUUUCCAGCGGUUGCGGGCCACUUUCGCCGAUAAGACAUCGGUAGUGUGCGAGUGAGCGAGGGCCGCCACACAUUUUGAAACCAUUGGGGGUUUGGCAGCCGCACGAUGGUGAUGAUGAUGGUGCGGAUGUUUUCACCAUCUGUGUGUUGUCGGGGGCCGCGCUGAAGGCCACCCAGGGGCUGCGUGUGGGCCACGUGUAGGCCACGUGUAGGCCACGUGUAGGCCACGUGCGGGCCUUUGCAAUGAUGAAGAACGCUGCCCUAAAAGGCACCGGUAGUUUUUUUGAAACUCAACUGCUGGCGGGCAACACUCGGCCCACCCCAGGUCUACCCCCAGGUGUCUCUGCCCAGGUCUCCCCCAGGUCUUCCUCCAGGUGUCUCCCCCCAGGUGUCUCCCCCCCCAGGUGUCCUCUGCACUUGUGGAUGAGCAAUGUCAAUGCUGGGCUGCCACACGGUUAAAGGACGGAGAACUGAACCCAUACACGAGCACACGCCGUUAUAUAUAUAAACAUACCGUAGGCAGUAUAUUUUUUACAAAGUAGGGAUUUUUGUUGUUGUGGUUGUAACCUCUGCCGUUUAAACAAUGUAACGCGGUCACACGGUAACGCACGACUCGCAGCAGAAGCAAAUGACGCGACGCACGGACAAACGCCAGCCGAGUCCAAGGGAGCCCCGGGGCAGAAAUCGCUACGCACGGCGGUCGAACUUCUUCCGCGCCGUACGUGGGCCAACCGUGCCGCCCGGAGGUGCGUGGCCAAACCCGUCCGCGGGCGAGCGUCACUUUUAGUCGUGGCGCAUUCUGAUCGCUCCCGGCCCACCAAGAGCGAAUUUACCCGAUAACCCCCCCCCCACCACACACCAAGGGGUCAGCGCAUAAUUCGGUUCAAAUUGUAACCGCGAAAACGAUUGCCACUUCAGAUGGACCCCCGAGACCAAACCCUUGGCCGUGUCGCGGGCUUCGACCGAACGCGCCGAAUUGACCGCGGUGCGGUUGGCCCAUCGUGUGCCGCCGCCGCCGCCGCCGGCCCGCCCGCCCGCCACACCCCGCGUCUCGACCGUCCGCGGUCGGCCGCGAGGUUCCCGCACGGCAUCGCGACUGCCCCGCUCGCGACGAUGUUGCACGCCGAAAUUUCCUUGGCACCGCACGUGGCCAAUCGGCGGGAGGGGGACGAGCUCGAACGCAC